AUGUUUAACUCGGUUAACCUGGGUAACUUCUGCUCGCCGUCGCGCAAAGAGAGGGGCGCUGAUUUCGGCGAAAGAGGGAGCUGCGCCUCCAAUCUCUAUCUACCCAGCUGCACUUACUACGUGCCCGAGUUCUCCACCGUCUCUUCUUUCCUGCCCCAGGCCCCCUCUCGCCAGAUCUCCUACCCUUACUCCACCCAAGUGCCCCCAGUCCGGGAGGUCUCCUAUGGCCUGGAGACCUCGGGAAAAUGGCAUCACAGAAACAGCUACUCUUCCUGCUACGCUGCGGACGAGCUCAUGCACAGGGAAUGCCUCCCUCCUUCCACCGUGACCGAAAUCCUCAUGAAAAACGAAGGCUCCUACGGCAGCCAUCACCACCCCAGCGCCCCCCACCCGGGCCCCGGCUUCUAUUCGUCAGUCAACAAGAACAGCGUCCUGCCCCAAGCCUUCGACCGAUUCUUCGACAAUGCCUACUGUGGGAGCGACGGGCCGGCCGAGCCCCCGUGCGUGGGCAAGGGAGAAGGCAAGGGGGAACCCGAUCCCCCCCAGCCCGGGGUCCUAGCUCCCCGGCCCGAGUCCGGCGGAGACCCGGAGGACGAGGAGGAGAACACUAACCCCAGCUCGUCCGGCUCGUCCCACUCAGCCAGCAAAGAGGCUAGCAAGGGAACCAGUUCCAACGCCCCCCGCACCCGAAAGAAGCGCUGCCCUUAUUCGAAAUUCCAGAUCCGGGAACUGGAGAGGGAAUUUUUCUUCAACGUCUAUAUCAACAAAGAGAAGCGGCUGCAGCUGUCCCGGAUGCUGAACCUGACAGACCGACAAGUGAAGAUUUGGUUUCAGAACAGAAGAAUGAAAGAGAAAAAACUGAGCAGAGACCGGCUGCAGUAUUUCUCUGGGAAUCCUCUACUGUAA